AUGAUUAUACCGAUACGUUGCUUCACUUGUGGUAAAGUUAUUGGUAACAAAUGGGAUGCUUAUCUCGGAUUACUUCAAGCAGAAUAUUCGGAAGGUGAUGCUCUCGAUGCAUUAAAUUUACGCCGCUACUGUUGCCGAAGAAUGCUUCUGUCACAUGUCGAUUUAAUUGUCAAAUUGCUCGAUUAUCAUCCAUUGGAGAAAAGUACUCUUCGUGGCUUACAUAUAUUAGUAUUCGUGUUGGAGUAA